AUGGCAGCAGCUCAUGUCACCUGUAGUAAUCCCACGUUAUCUCUCAGUGUUCCCUGUUCUAUAGAUGCCAAAUGUUUUACACAGAACACAAAACUUAUUACCCAUCAGCCAGCUAAGGCAGGGCAGAGGCCAUUUCCAUGUUCUGAGUGUGGGAAAUGUUUUACAUACAAAUCACUUCUUGUAAGACAUGAGAGAAGUCACACAGGAGAGAAGCCAUUUCCAUGUUCUGAGUGUGGAAAAUGUUUUAUACAAAAAUCAGCUCUUGUUAUACAUGAGAGAAGUCACACAGGUGAGAAACCAUUUCCAUGUUCCGAGUGUGGGAAAUGUUUUACACUGAAAUCACAUCUUCUUAGACAUGUGAAAAUCCAUACAGGUGAUAGGCCAUUUCCAUGUUCUGAGUGUGGGAAAUGUUUUAUAGAUAAGUCACAUCUUGUUAGACAUGAGAGAAGAAGUCAUACAGGUGAGAAACCAUUUCCAUGUUCUGAGUGUGGGAAAUGUUUUCUGGAGAAAUCACAUCUUGUUAUGCAUGAGAGAAAACACACCGGUGAGAAACCAUUUCAAUGUUCUGAGUGUGGGAAAUGUUUUGUACAGAAAUCAUAUCUUGUUACACAUCACAGAGGUCACACAGGUGAGAAGCCAUUUCCAUGUUCUGAGUGUGGGAAAUGUUUUAUACAUAAGUCACAACUUGUUAGACAUGAGAGAAGUCAUACAGGUGAAGAACCAUUUCCAUGUUCUGAGUGUGGGAAAUGUUUUAUAGUUAAGUCUCAACUUGUUAGACAUGAGAGACAUCACACAGGUGAGAAGCCAUUUCCAUGUACUGAGUGUGGGAAAUGUUUUGUACAGAAAUCAGAACUUGUUACACAUGGGAGAAUACACACAGGUGAGAAACCAUUUCCAUGUUCUAAGUGUGGGAAAUGUUUUAUACAAAAAUCAAAACUUGUUAUACAUCAGAGAAGUCACACAGGUGAGAAGCCAUUUCCAUGUUCUGAGUGUGCGAAAUGUUUUACAAAGAAAUCACAUCUUGUUAUACAUCAGAGAUGUCACACAGGUGAGAUGCCAUUUCCAUGUUCUGAGUGUGGGAAAUGUUUUGCACUUAAAUCAUAUCUUGUUAUACAUCACAGAAGUCACACAGGUGAGAAGCCAUUUCCAUGUUCUGAGUGUGGGAAAUGUUUUGCACUUAAAUCACAUCUUGUUAGACAUCAGAGUAGUCACACAGGUGAGAGGCCAUUUUCUUGCUCUGAGUGCGGGAAAAGUUUUACCUGGAAAUCCAAUCUUGUUAGACAUCAGAGAGAGCACACAGGUGAGAAGCCAUUUCCAUGUUCUGAGUGUGGUAAAUGUUUUGCAUGUAAAUCAGAUCUUGUUAUACAUCACAGAAGUCACACAGGUGAGAGGCCAUUUCCAUGUUCUGAGUGUGGGAAAUGUUUUGCAUGUAAAUCAGAUCUUGUUACACAUCAUAGAAGUCACACAGGUGAGAAGCCAUUUUCUUGCUCUGAGUGUGGGAAAUGUUUUGCAUGUAAAUCAGAUCUUGUUAUACAUCACAGAAGUCACACAGGUGAGAAGCCAUUUUCUUGCUCUGAGUGCGGGAAAUGUUUUACACACAAAUCACGACUUGUUACCCAUCAGCAAAGUCACACAGGUGAGAAGGCAUUUCCAUGUUCUGAGUGUGGGAAAGGUUUUGCACACAAAUCACAUCUUGUUAGACAUCAGAGAACUCACACAGGUGAGAAGCCAUUUUCUUGCUCUGAGUGCGGGAAAUGUUUUACACAGAAAUCAGUUCUUGUUAUACAUCACAGAAGUCACACAGGUGAGAAGGCAUUUCCAUGUUCUGGGUGUGAGAAAUGUUUUACACAGAAAUCAGAACUUAUUACACAUCAGCGAACUCACACAGGUGAGAAGCCAUUUCCAUGUUCUGAGUGUGGGAAAUGUUUUGCACACAAAUCAGCUCUUGUUAGACAUUACAGAAGUCACACAGGUGAGAAGCGAUUUCUAUACUCUGAGAAAUAAAUUAUCUCUUGUUGCACACAAUAGACAUCACUCAGGUGAGGAACCAUUUUAAUCUUCUGGAGUAUACUUAUCAUUGCCAUGCAUUGUUCUUCAAGGUUCUUAUCCUAUCUCCUAUGCUUUUUGCAAUAUACAUGUUACCACCGGGUGAAAUAAUCAGAUGUCAUGCCCUCAUCUACCACUGCUAUACAGAUGACCUGUCUUUGCUUUAGGUACUGAGAACCCAGUACCAAUCCUAAAGGGUUGUCUAGCUGAGCUCCAGGUGUGGGUGAUGCCAGUUGGCUGUGAUUCAGUCCUGAUGAAGCAGGUCUUUAAGCUCACCACCAAAGGGCAGGGCUACAGUUCAGCUUUGCAAACCAACCAGACUUACGCUUGGGGGUUCAGAGUUAUAAAAUGCUGAUCAUGUGUGGAAUCUUGGUGUCCUGGAUAGUGGAGUGACACUUAGACAUCAGUAUCUGCCACAAUCAGAUCCUCAUCUGAGGAACAUAGUCAGACUCCAACACUUUAUUCCCUCAGAAGAUCUACCUACAGUCAUACAUGUACUUGUAUCAUCACGCAUAGACUACUCCAAUUUCUUCUACCUGGGUCUCCUAGCAAAAGAAUUGCACCGCUUGUAGCUUGUACAGAAUGCAGCAGCCAGGCUUUUACCUAACCAGCCCGUUCCUGCCACAUAACACCCAUUCUCUGCUCCCUUCACCGGCUGCCUGUAAGAUGGUGACUCUAUUACAUAAUGGGCUAUCCCAACCCUACAUGACUAGGGUCCAUGGUACCAGAAGCAGCUUCUGCCUUGUUACUGCCCUGCAUGCUGCCAUCUGCAGAUGAAGAACUGUUACCAGCAGUACCAAGAAUCCACAAGAAGUUCUUAGAUGUCAGAGGUGGAGAAAGGGUGGUGGCACUAGUGCUGCAGCGGGGGCUGCCGGAGGCACUGUCUGUGGGUAAUAUUGUCCUCAAGCAGCACUAAGGUGUCAGAGGGGAGACAGGGCAGUGGCAGUAG